AUGGACUUCAAGUACAUUAUUUUCCUUAUUAUGGUGCUCUAUUCAGUCAAAGAAAUAAAAUCCAAGUUCGAAUUUACAAACAUCAAGUGCACAUCUUUGGACAAGGAAUUUGACGACUUUGAAUACUGCCGCAUCAAGUCGGUCAAUCGCUCCUUCAAGUACAUUUCCCUUAAAGUGAAAAUGUACAAGAUCCCUGUUCACAAUGUUAAAAUCUUAGCGGCAGUGGAGUUCACCAAUGUCAAAUGCACUUCGUUAGACCCAAAAUUCGCCGACUUUGAGUACUGCAUAAUGAAGUCGGUGAAUCGCAGCUAUAAAUACAUCUCCGCAAAAGUAAAGCUGUUCAAAAAGCCCAUUACCAAGGUCAAAGUUAAUGUUGAAUUGAUGAAGCGAUACAGCGGCUACAAACCCUUUCUCUACAAUGUCACUGUGGAUGCCUGCCGAUUUCUAAAGAACCCAGGAUCAAACCCCAUCGCAGGCUACUUGUAUGGAUUCUUCAGGGAUCACUCGAAUAUGAAUCACACCUGCCCUUUCGAUCACGAUCUGAUACUUGAGAAACUCACCAUCAACUUUGUCAAUCAGCAUGUUACAAAUGUCUUGCCCUUCCCCACCGGCGAUUACCUCUUUCAAUCCAACUGGUUGGCCUAUGAUAUUAACCGGGCCAAGUUCAGCGUAUAUUGGACCAUUUCUUAA